UGUCAUAGCUUCAUCUAGAUUCUAGUCUCUUACGUAUGCCAGUCUUGCCCUAGUAUCUGCAGUGUUUUACCUCAUAGUGCCUGUUUUUAUCUUUUUAUCGUAACUAUCCGCACAGAAGCGAAUCUUACAAAUAUACUUAUACGUAACUAUAUAAGCUUGCUUCAACUACGAGAGUUCGUCGAAGCCUACAGCGAAGGGCGAUAAAGACAAUAGCCAGCUGAAUAUCAUGGAUGCUGUAGCGAUGCACCGGCCGCAAUCCGCUUCCACUCGCCAGGAUGAGGAGCUCAUGCAGAAGAGCACCAGGGCGUUGGCGAAUACAACAGAUCCCCUGGAGAAGUUGCGGCUGCUCUGCUUGUCAAGGGGGGCUGUCGGGAUCUUGGGGCUGGGGAGAGUAUUCCGUAGAAUGGACGACGAUGGCAGCAAGCAGCUCAACAAAGAGGAGUUUAUCAAUGGCCUCAAAGAAACUGGCCUCGAACUGAGCAAAGCGGAUGCAGAAAAUUUGUUCAACCAAUUUGAUACGGAUAAGAGCGGAUCCAUCAGUCUUGAUGAGUUUCUCGUCCAUAUUCGGCCGCCAAUGUCGGAAUCUCGUCGCGCGAUAGUGGAACAGGCGUUCAAGAAACUGGACAAAACUGGUGAUGGAGUGAUCACCAUCGAUGAUAUACGCAAUGUGUAUGCUGUUAAAUCGAAUCCAAGAUACAUGAGCGGCGAAGAGACCGCAGACCAGGUUCUGAAUAAGUUCCUCGCUAAUUUCGAAACGGAGGGAUCCAUCGAUGGAAAGGUGACCCUCGAGGAGUUUAUGAACUAUUACAGCGGGAUCAGCGUCUCCAUAGACAAUGAUUGCUAUUUCGAUUUAAUGAUGCGUCAAGCUUACAAGCUGUAAGCGAGAACAUAUAUCCGUCCUUCUCUCACACCUCAAUAUCCCUAACACGUUUCAUGUAAAAGAGAGAUAGAUAUAUUAUGGCUUGUUUCGACUCAUGCGCAAUUUGAAGGUGCAAAUUUAGUAACAUUUUUUGUCGCAUUUAAAUUAAGAAAACGGGUUAAACAAGCGUACUAUCCUUGCACUGUUUAUAUAUUAUUAUAUUAUUAUAAAAAAAUAUUAAAAGAUUUAUUAAAUUAUUAUUGCGUGAUUAUUUUAAUAAAUGGUUAAAAAUU